AUGGAGCCCGUUCUUUCGCGGCACUUGCGACAUGCUAUCAAGUCGGUCCUUCAUUUCACCAACGUCGGGCCAGAGAUCAUGGACUUAAAGGGGUCGGCCCCAGGGUUGAGUCAUCACUGGCGAGAUUCAUUUGCGGCGCCCAUGGUCUUCCCACCAAGAGUUAUUCCUCAGUCUUCCUCUCUGAGUAGCUCUAUCCAAAUCAACCAUCAGGCCAGCACUCCUGUCACAGCAACACCUACACAGGCAACACAUCAACUGCCCUUCGUGUCAUCAUCUCACGCUACCUCUACAAGGACGACAACGACGGAGCAUAUUCGGAUACCAACCUCCCAGCAGCGGACGAGGUCCGCCAGUAUCAACUCGCUGUCACAGUUAUUGGAGGCGCAACUGACAGGACAAGCUCAACGUCGCUCAAGGGAUCUUUCAAUAUCUUCAAGAGCAUCGGAGGUGGCGACGACGGCGCCUUCAGCCAUCUCGACACAAAAGAGCAGAGAUGCUUCGUCUUCUUCGGUCGCCUCGGCUACUAUUGUGGUUCGUGGGUUCACGUCGACGGCUUCGACUCAUCAUACCCAGACCGCCACGGCGGAGGAGGCAAAGUCGAAGAGUACUAUGAUGGUGGAGGCAGAUGACAUCUCGGAGAUCGACCUUGGACUGAGCGAGAGUUUAUUGCAGCAUUCCACGGGGUCGUCUUUGCUGAACGGUGCUGCCACUAUCGCCACAGUCGCCACUCUCUCCACCACUGCUAUUGAUACUCCUGACAGCCAACCAGCGACUUUGCAAUCUUCCAACGAGCAUGAAGUCGACUCACACCAGACUGGAAGAACACAGGAGUACGCUCACGAAUCAAAUUUCGGAUCUAACCCCAACGGCAACAGCAUCGAUAACUCAGCGGAGAAAGGCAUCAUGCCUUCAAAACCUCGUCAUUCUCGGUUAUGGAGCAAGAUGCGAAAGACUUUCUACGGAGAUUCGAAGCAGGAGCAGCAGCAGGAGAGCCCCCGAAACACCAUUUACCUCACUUCAGGAGCAGUAGCAGCAGGAGGAUUCACAGCCCGUUCCAUGUCCGACAACCACCUAUUAGCCUCCUCAUCCAGACCCGUCUCAACCUCAUCCACAUCUUCCUCCAACAACGCCGCCAUGCUGCCGUCCUUCAGCAGCAGCGUCCUCAGUGUCCUGAGUGAAGACCAGAUGUCACUCCAGAAGGAACUCCAAAGAACGCCGAUGACGUCCAAAGCCUCUGUGGGCGCGUUCGAAACACCCCCCGAGACGGCGCCCAACUCACCUAAUCAAACCCCGACAUCCCCAACGACACGCUCCAGAUUUGGGUUCCAUCACAACUUGCCGGGUCUGGCGAGACGGUCGUCAAUCAAGAGCCCUGCAGCAGCGGCAGAAGUCACGACCGCAGAGUCAAGGGUCAGCCAGUUCAUGUAUGCCGGUCAAAUGGCACCCCCCGAUUCAUCAAUAACCACUCCUCGCUCUCGCGUCCAGUCAGCUUCGUUCUCUGGAGGAGUAUCUAUCAUCAACACGGCAGAUGGUCUGGGAGGAGGACAAGGAAUGCCCUUGAUGGAUCUCAGUCUCCACGGCGACCACUUUUCGACACCCAACGCUGUCGAGCGUUCGAAUUUCAAAUCCGCCCUGCUCAAACCUUCAGCAGAGAUCUCGGACCCGGACUCGACACCCAAGCAACUUGGACGGUCAAAGUCGUCAUCGGCUGCGCACCGGCGUGAGAUGAGGCAACAGCCCAUGAGUCCUACAGGGUCGGGAUCAAAGGAGUCAGAGUCGUCAUAUCAGGACGGGGAGCAAUUCUUGACAGCCCAUCGUCGAUUCCGAGAGUUUGGAGUACUGUCUCCACCACAAGAGAGUCCGCUCCAGGAUGGUAUCUCUCUAGACUUGCCAUUGAGAAAAAAUGAAGAGUCCAUCGUUCCUUCCUCACCACCUACCAGUAUUGCAUGGAGCGGGAACCGCACUCGGCACUCAACUGCAACAUCUCCAUAUCAACCAUCAGCAUUGUCACCAGACGGACGACCUCUCUCGCCCUCUCAGAUGCUCAGUGGCUCGAGCGACGUUCUCCCAGAGCAGUCGAAGCAGGACCGACGCAAGUCUGCGAUAAGCUUUGGGGGUUACUUCUCUAACCCUUCGGCGGUUGCCAACAGACGAACGAGAGAUUUGACGGGGCACUCGAUCUCGGGAUUGGAGACUGACGCUCAAGGAGAGAUUAUUCAUCUCCGACGGACUUCCUUUUUUGACAAGGCUUCGCCACCGACUUUGUCUUCGCUCGCCUCGAUGAUACAAACGAACUUGCCUUCGCUGUCGCAGAGUCUUGGGAGUGGUGGUGGUGGUGGCACGGACUCGCCCUCGAUUUCUCGAUCGCCUAGUAAAUCUUCAGGACUCCCGCAGGACCAGAGACCUCUCCUUCAAGGACGCCCUUCACUCACAAAGAAGGGCACUACUACUACCGCGACCACAGCCACAUCAGAGAUCGACAGUUCAAAGGCGAUAAAAAUCACCCCGCGCGACCUUACCAAGAGAAAAAUGACACCUCUCAAGAUCACCACCCCUUUACACCUCUCAGGCGUCCAAAGCCUUCCCUCCCCCAUAUUCCUCCCUCCACUCAGUGCAACCAUCCCACGACCUCUUGGCUCUUCAACAUUCGCAUUCGCGCCCCUAGACCGAUACUUCUUCAACGUCGAACAAGUUCAUGAAUGGAACAUCCCAAGCUACGGACGCGUAAAGUUCACCGACCAUGCGCCCCUCGUCUUUCACGCCAUCCGGGAACGGUUCCGGUACACACAAGCGGAUAUGGAUGAGGCGUUGUCGUUGCCCAUGACGGUGAUGAGGACCCCCGGGAAAUCGGAUGCCAUUUUCUUUGCGUCGCAUAAUCAUGGGCGGUUCUUGCUCAAGACGCUUCGGGGCGCGGAGCCGGAUAACUUGAAGGGGUUCUUGGGAGAUUAUUUGGCGCAUAUUCAAAAGUAUCCUAAUACGCUGUUACCGAGAUACCUGGGGAUGUAUACUUUUGAGAAGGUGGCGGGGGCCAAGCUGGGAGCUGGAACGGGAGCGAGUGGAGGUGACGGAACUGGACUUUCUGGUGCCGGAGUGGGUUUUGGUGGCGACAGGGAGGGUACCGGACUAGGAGGACUAGGAGCAGGAGCAGGAUCAGCGAGGAACAAAAGCGACGCGACUGCGGCUCAGCACCUCCACAUGAACGGGACACUCCUCUCUGCUGGAAGAGACGACGGUCUGCCGUCCAAGGUUGUCGUCGUAGUCCUGGCCAACGUCUUUGACACUCCCGAGGUUGUCCAUGAGCGAUACGAUUUCAAAGGUUCCAAUGUCGGUCGGAGGACCCUUCCUGUCGACGGAGUCCCUUCUGUCCGUGACAGUCGGUUGAUGAACCCUAUCGCACCGGACUUGCAAUCGCCACCACGUGCAUCGAUGGAGAAGGAUUCAGGAUGGAGUGAUUUUGCGCAUCGUCAUGCUCACUUGCGGAACCACCACCUCGGCACGAGUGAGAGCAGAUCUUCAUCCAUGUACUAUGAGCCGAGGAGUGAUCCAAUUUACCCUCACGUGCAGUCUGGAGGACUUGCUGGGGGUGGCGGCGAUGGUACAGCAGGGGCGACGACGGAUAUCAGCCAUUUGACGUUGAAGGAAGUCGAUUUCCAAAACAGAAUCUUUACAGGCGAGACACAGCUCAUCCAUCUCGGAUCUACUCGCAAGGCCCAGGUUCUUGCCCAGCUUGAGGAAGAUACAACGCUUCUCCGCAAACAUGGUUUCAUGGACUACAGUAUGCUGGUGGGUAUCCGGAUCAUCCCAAAGCGUCCCGUCGAGCAAGAAGAGGAGGAGGAGGACGAAGAGCCACAGAUCUAUUCGUCACCAGAUUCCAGCCGCAGAGGAUCUCUUUCCUCACGAGGAUCAGAUGCCGACGACAGCAACCUGGAUUCGGAUAACGAGGGUGACCAUCGCAGUGACUCCCUUCACGGCUCCUUGAACGGCAGUGAGGCCAACAACAGCAACAUCAGCAGGAAAUCAGAGCCCCAACGCGAGAUUGAAGAAGCUCUAGACAGGAUCUGGAGGUUUAUUAGUUUUUCGGAGGAGCGGUUGGUGUUCUUGAAGGGGCUAGGCGAGAAGGCUCAGGAGGCUUUCCGAGACGUGUAUUCGUUUGGGGAGGUUAUUGUUUCUGGUGGUCAAGUAGCUUCGCCGUCUUCUGCGGCCGCCAAGUCAGAUGGUAUUGACGCGUCGACAGCGAAUCGUGCGGCGGGUAAGUCUGGAUCCAGGAAAGAUUCAAAGAAGGAGAGCAAGAGCCGUGCGCCGCCACCAGAGGUCGAGCUCACAGCCGUAAAGUCGUCAAAGCACCAUCACCAUUCGCGGAAGCACAAGGAUCGUCAGCAGCAGCAGGAGGUGAAAGAAGCCAAGCCCCGUCGGCCCUUGUUCGACGACGACGACGACAAUAACGAUAACGACAAUCUAAACCCAGAUUCGUUCCAAACAGUCCGGUACAAGCCCAGGACCGACAGCCAUUCGUCCACCCGACCAAAGCUCUCCAUCUUGAUCGACCCUUCAGCAACAGGAACUGGAGCACCAAGAAGCAAGAGGCCUUCCUUGGAUACGCCUCGACACCAGAGUAUGCCAGGAGGGCUUCCGAACUUACCAAAUUCUGCGCCUCUACCACCAGUUGGAGCGGCUGCAGCCUCACGGCUGUAUUCUUCGCCGCCUUACCAACAAACCCAGUUCCCGCAUCACCAAACCGGCACCACUUCAGACACCCACCCAGCAGGCAACAUGCAGGACCCGACAAUCUGGUCCCAUGGAGUCCCCAGUCUGGGUCUGCCUGACGGGUAUGAGGUCGUCUACUACUUUGGCCUCAUUGACGUCCUCCAAAAGUACAACCUCGUCAAGUGGCUCGAGCGCAACAUCAAAGGCGCCAAUGUUCGUCUCCUCGGAUCUGGAAACAAUAACGGAGGUGGAUCUUCGCCCAUGACGCCAGGGCCCCCGACACCGUUGCCGUUGCCGCAGACGGUGAUCCAUCCUGGGCGAUCGAACCCUUCGACUAGUUCUACUUCGUUCGCUUCUUCGGCGUUUUAUCAGCUCUUGCCGCAUGCGACUGCUUCUGAGCCAUCACUGUCCUCCGUCAUGGAUCCAACUUCUGCUGCUGCUGCUGCUGCGCAAAGCACCGCCACCAAUCCAGCACUCUCAGUCCUGCUCGAAGACCCCAGUUCAAGCCACGGAUCCUCAUCCUCUACCUCAACCACAUCAUCCUCACAAGACAACUCACGCAGCAACCGUGGCUCCUUCCUCCUGGACCCAACCUCCUCCUCCUCCUAUUCCCACUCUACCAUCUCAACCCCUCUCUCAUCCGCUCGAGUCAGCCAAGAAGAAAGCACCCUCACAUCAUCCAUCACCUCUCCCAUUCUGAUCGAAGAUCCCUCAAAAGUCGCCCCACCUUUUGCCUCUCACUCCUCCUCCCCUUCUUCAGCCUCCAUUCUCAACACCAGCAAGCCCAGACUCAGCACCUCAGCACCAUACACAAAAUCGAUCGCUAACGCCGCGGCGCGGUUGAGUCAAUACAGCCAGUACAGCCAUUCAAGCCAACAGAGCCAACAUAGCCAUCAAAGCGGUCGCAGCCGCGACUCGCGUCUUUCCUUUGACAUCCGUGCCUCCAACGCCUCCGAAUCCAUGAUGCUCCCUCCAAACCAUCAUCUGUACUCAUCCUCAUCCUCUUCCCUACCAUCUUCUGACGGCGGCGGAGGCAGUGGCAGCGGCGGCGGCGUUCAGAUUCAUAUCCCGCCUGGUCAAGCUACUCAGGCAGCCCACCAGACGCAGACUCAGGCGCAACAGUCAAGACCAGCAAAUUACCCUCAUCAGUAUCAAGCCCCACAACAUGCUGAAGUCUCGGUAGAGGAACCUGGUCGGUACGCUGAGCGCCUCAUCGACUUUAUGCGAGGAGUACUAGUUUAG